AUGCAGUUUGGACGCUCCGUGGGUGCAAGAGUGCCGUUGCAACCUAUUGCUUCCAUAACCUCUCACCACGUUCUUUCCUACCAGGCCACACGCCAAAAAGUACUCAUCAUGGACCUUGACGAGACACUCUGCUUUGUGUCAACAAAACUGUCUGCCUGCCGUUAUCCCCCAACCUUUUCAGAGGUUAUUCCGACCGCCACAGGGGCGGAACUUUUUUUUAUUUGGGAAAGGCCACAUUUACAUUUAUUUCUUCGUACUCUAGCGAAGCUGUUUAAUCUUGCCCUUUUUACAUCUUCGACCAAGCCGUACGCGGACUCCAUUCUUCGUCGCCUGGACCCAGAAAGACUCAUUAAGCGUCGUUACUACCGACACCAUUGCGGACAGGUCUCUCGGGCUGCGUUUACGGGGACGCCUGAACAACGCGGUGCGGCACAGAAUGUGGGAUCAUCCUGUGAAACGACGUCACCAGGUGCGAUAAAUGCAGUGGCACCCACACAGCAACGUUGCAAAAUAAUCGCCCUUGAGGCUGUAACGAGUGGCAUGAGAAGUACUGUGCCGCGUUCUACCGCUGCCACUGACGACAACAAGACGUCUGAUAAAGGUGAAGCUGAAAAUAGCACAGUACUUGUGAAGGAUCUUCGCAUCCUAAAAGUUCCACCGGAGUUAAUGGUCAUGGUUGACAACGUGGAGGAAUGCGUUUUGGCCAAUCGAGAUAACGCGCUCAUUUUGCCUCCGUUUUUCCCACCCGCAUUUGUGGGCACAACAGACAAUGAGGCAGACGAUGACGUUUUGCUUGCCCUUAUUCCCUUGUUGGAAUCCUUGCUGGUUGUUCCGGACGUGCGCUCUGUACUGCGGCACGGGCGAAUUCAUUGGCCCCAACGAAGUGAAAAGUGA